AUGAUCCAGUAUAUUGUGCAUAGGCUCUAUGAGGAGGAUCAUAUCAGCUUUGGUCGCUUGGUUUCAGCUCUCUCCGAAGAGCGACUUCUAAGACCGGGCCAAGCUUCAGAAAAUGUCGCGUAUCAAUUAGUGUUCAUCCUGGUUGGGCUUGCGACUUUUUUCUAUACUCCAUCUUUGACCCCCAAAGACGGCGAAUUCGAGAUAACACCAUCGAGCGAGGAGAAAACGCAGUAUGUGUCAAGAGGCUUAUGGGCCGUAAAACAGAUACAAAUAGAUGCAGAGUCUGAGCAAUCAAUUGGAGAUGUCAUCAAGCAGUUUAGUGGCGGAAAGCACCUGCUUCUUUAUUCUCGAUGGGUGGAAGACGACUCACAGCGUCCUCAAAAUAGAGAGGACGUUCUGGUCAAAGUGACAAAUGUUAAUUAUUGGACGCUAAGGAAGUUUAUUGGCAUAAAGGUGAUAUUUGUUGACUCUGUGUGGGAGCAUUUAGCCUUUGAGCAAAGGACCAAGACGCUCAAGCUCUUUCAGUAUCCCUCAUUUUGUUUAAUGUUAUGCGUGAGGAACAGCAAAGGCACAUUUCUUGGUCGAUUCUUUGAUAACUAUUUCGAGGAUAUUAUUAGAGAGCGCGGUUUCAGUCCAGUCAAUUCGCACGAUUUCUUUCGCGAGCUUGUCUUCACGUAUAGAUUGAUAUUUGGUCAAAGCCGCGAUGCCUACAAAGCAUUCCGCAGUGAUUAUGAGAAUAAACUGGAUGAAAAGGAUAUAGACCGAGACCCUCUCCUCUACAGACUUUGUGGUUCAGACUGGUCCAAUGAAUGCUUAUACGAUGAGCUGGAUGCCCCUCAUAUUCGUACGGUGUACUCGACAAUGUCUGACUUCCCAUUCUUUGGGCAGAGACUUAUUGAACUACAGGAGUAUGUUUUAAGCCAGAGUCCUGAUAACUUCACAACCCUAUGGAGAGAUCGUCGUGAUAUAACCACUUUCUACACUUUAUGGGCUGCCUUGAUUUUUGGUAUCACGACGACUCUUCUUGGUAUUAUACAAGUGGGCCUUCAAAUGGCACAACUGGGAGCUACUGCGUAG